CCGCCCUCUUCAGUCACCAGACAGCGUGGACGCGCGCGCUCUCCACUUGGCCCGAAGUGGGUGAGCGGGACGGAGCGCGGGUGAUUUCGGCGUGAGCACCGUGGGCAGAGUGGGCACCGUGGGCAGAGUGGGCAAAGUGGGCAGGUGAUGGAGGAGCGCGCGCACUUGACGAGGAGAAAGCAGGCGAAGCCACGCAGGAAAAACGUGUUCAGCGACGCCCCCAGCCGAGGGGGGAGGGGCAGCGAGGAAGACGAGACACCGGACGCGUCUCCCCGGGUCGGCCACGCCCUCCUGCACCAUGAGGGGUCAGAGGUCAGCUGGAGUCCGGGUGACCACUCGGACUACCCGGCGGGCGAGAGCGCCAUGGCGGAGUACCUGCGGCGCAGCGACACGGCCGUCAUCUACCCACAAGCCCCCGAGGAGGUGCCGGCGCUCAGCACGCCCGAGGGCGCCGGCCACGGUCCAGGUGAGCAAGACCCGCCCCCGGGCGACCCGGCCGCGCCCCCCAGCUGUCCCUUCUGCCAGCCCGCCCACCUGAGCACGCCGUCCCUCACGGAGCACGUCAGGUGUCCCCACCGUGGGGGGGCGGAGCUCUUCUUAGGUCCACUCUGUGGCCACGCCUUCAGCCAGCCCACACAGCUUCGGUGUCACAUGACCGCUCACCAGCCAAUCAGCAAGCAGGUUUCUCACCACCACGGCGCUGAAAACCGAAAGUUCAAGUGCGGCGAGUGCGGGAAGGCCUUCAAGUACAAGCAUCACCUGAAGGAGCACCUGCGCAUCCACAGCGGUGAAAAACCGUACGAGUGCUCCAACUGCAAGAAGCGCUUCUCCCACUCGGGCUCUUACAGUUCCCACAUCAGCAGCAGGAAGUGCAUGGGACUGAUGGUUCUCAACGGACGGGCACAAAACAAGGCCGGCUCCUCUCCAAAGUGCUCAGCCUCGUCCCCCGGUAGCCCCGGCCUUGCCCUUCUCCACCAAAAGAUAGAAAAUGGCCAACAUCACAAACAGAAUUGUCUAAAUGUCAAGGCCGAGUCAAUGGACAUCUGUGAGUACAGGCUGCGGACGGCCCCUCAGCAGAGGUUUGGAGGACCCAAGGUCUAUGACGGCCCCUUCACGGGCUUCCAUGGCUCCCCGCAUAGCCCCCUUCGACCUCUGCCAGGGUUGGGUAUAGACUUUCUUCUACCGGGAACCCUCGGGAGUCUGGAUGAUGUGCAGAAGGUCCUUCAGAUUGUGGACAGCACUGUGUCCAGACAAAAGAUGAACAAGAACCCAGAGCUUAGAGCCUACAUGAAGGAGCUCGGAGUCCAUAUGGAAGAGCAGAUCCUUGACCAAAGCAGCCCUGUUGAAAGCUCUAUUGACUCCACUGUGGACAUGGUCAAGGAGGUAGAGGGCGUGACGGAGGACUCCAUGGUUCAACUUGAAGUGGACGAGAAGCAGCAGACCAUGGAUCCCGGCAGCAAGGAGAGAUCCUCCGACAGCCCGGGAAGACUGGUUCCACACGCCUGCCAGUUCUGCAAGGAGACAUUCACAGGACCCAUUCCACUGCACCAACACGAGCGUUACCUCUGCAAGAUGAACAAAGAGAUCCAAGCGGUCCUGCAGCCGGCCCAGCUCGGUCUGAGCAUCUUCCAUGGGCCGGAGGCAUCAGAAUGGCUUCUGUCCAAGAAGGAGUUGCCCACCAGCCGCGUCCACCCUUUCCAGGAUCACGUGUCGGUUCUGAAGGCGUACUCAGCUGAGAACACUGAGCCCGACUCAGACGAACUUCUCAAGAUUUCACUUGCUGUGGGCCUUCCGCAAGAGUUGGUCCGGGACUGGUUCAAUCAGUGGAAGAAGCCAAUUGAGGACACUUGGUCAGACCGACACCACAGUUUGAGACCUUCACCGAUGUCACUUCUUGAGGUAACAAAUAGCAAAGCCUUCCCCGCACAGUUCUCAGCCAGCACACCAGACCAUCUGGACCAUGGCAGUCCGUCACCCCUUAACCUGUCCUGUACUUCCUCCAAACAUUCCCAGAGUAACUCUGACACGCCGAACAGCCUUGUGGUGCCGGAGGACUUUCAUGGCGAUACACCACUAGAUCUUUCCGUCCCCAAACAGCUGUCACAUGCCUUCCUCCCAGACAAGUUCAAAACCGAAGCUGAAAGCGAGCCAUGUGUCUCAGCCAAGACUUUGAGACCCUCAGGCCUGGCGGAAAUCAAGAACGAGCUCCCGGGCUCUGAUCUGCGGCAGAUUGGGAAAAAAAGUCCGAUCUUUGGGGUCAAUCCCUUCAGCGCAGGUCCGGUCUACUCCCCCCUUCCUCCGCACGGCGCCUUCCCACCCCCCACGUACAUGUCUCCCACCCAGGCCCUGGACUCCAUCAACUUCCUGCCCCAAAUGACCUUUGCCUACGCCAGCAGAGCGCCGACCUUCCCUGACUCGCAGCAGACCAGGAAAAAACUGCGGAGAGCGAGUUUACAGGGGGCGGUGGACUACCUGCAGCAGCUGACAGAGGGCGAGCUGAAGAUGAAGAAGACGGAGGUUGGUGGCGUGUACACAUGUGACCUGUGUGACAAAACCUUCCAGAAGACCAGCUCCCUCCUCAGACACAAAUAUGAGCACACAGGCAAGCGCCCCCACCAGUGUGCCAUCUGCAGCAAGGCCUUCAAACACAAGCACCACCUGAUCGAACACUCGCGCCUGCACUCGGGGGAGAAACCCUACCAGUGUGACAAGUGCGGCAAGCGCUUCUCCCACUCGGGCUCGUACUCGCAGCACAUGAACCAUCGCUACUCCUACUGCAAGAGGGAGGCGGAGGAGCGCCAGGCGGGCUCCCGGGCCUGCUCGGAAGCCGGGGCGGGGCCUGAUGGGAACCAGGAACCUUACAAGGAGGACCAAGUCCGGCUGGAUUCCACGGGGGACGGCCACGGGGACAAAGUGGCGGACCGGGACUCAUCCCUCACUUAAAGCCAGACUUGAUAAGUCCGGAGGAGGAAGAGAUGAUACGGUACUAUCUGCUCGCAGGUAACACACGCAGGAUUCUCACAAGAAUGAGGCAAAAAUACAAGCUCGCCCGCUUGACGCUGAGCACAUUCCGGCUGGUGUUCAUGUUUUCACGUGCGAGGAUGUUGUUUCUCUCUUUCGGCAUCUGGUCUUCGCCCAAGUCAGCUGAUGCAUUUCCAGGCCUCUGAUUGGCUCAAAGGUGCAGAAUGCCAACUUUUUGGACCUCAAAGUGCUCGCUUCUGUUUUUGCACAAACACUUUGUCGAGGGUUUGAUUCCAGCCAGCGACGACACAAACCAAGACAAGUCAGCCCAAAUAAAAAUGACUGUUUUUAAAAAAAGAAAAAAAAGUAUGUGAAAUCCCGUCAAAUGAUCUCCUUUGUUGUUUUACUUUGUCAAAUGUGUGGCUAGUUGUCUCUUAGCUGUCAUUUCCUCCUCAUAUUUAUUGCACUUUGGAACUCACGCUUCUCUCGCCGCAGCCACCAAAAAAGACUUUUGCCUUCCAAACACAACUCAGCUUUUCUUUAUUUUUAUGGAGCUGAAGUUUUCAGCCUCACUUUGACUGUCGGGGAACACCAUUGCUAAAAAAAAUAAUAAAAAAAACAUUACAUGGAAUAUGAGAGAAGAGAAUAUUUUUUUAACGGCUAAAAGGCACAAAGAGGGAAAAUCCGAGCUGCCAUUUUUUUUUUUACAAAAUCCUAAUAAAAAUGUGUUGUUUAUUUCAACCAAA